ACACGUGAUUCCAACAACAUAACGAUCAGUUGCAAAAGGAAGUUUAAUUCAGAACAAAUGCAAAUGGCGCCUGUAAGAUAUGGCUAGUUUUCACAGGAUGUAUCUAAGCGUUAUUAGCAAUGUCAAGUAAAUUAUCUAUCCACCGCGCCCAGGUGCACGUGCCCAACACGUGUGCUUCGUGUGAAAGCAUACAGGACGUUAACUGGUACUGUAAUGACUGCCAGGAGGCGUUAUGUGACCACUGUUUUGAGGGUCAUCAACGCUCGAGAAAGACACGGAAUGAUGACGUCGUACCAAUAAAGGAGGCGAACAAACUCGUGGAAGCCGAACUCCCAGAGGUAUGUAAGACACAUCGAGGUAAGACAUGUGACCUGUACUGUAGUGACUGUGACAUCGUUAUGUGUGUGAUGUGUCUUACCGAGAAACAUAAACAACACACUUUCAAAAGUAUAGAAGAGGAAAUUUGCUCACAAAAACAAUACAUGCAAGAUCAAUUGAAAAUAUUAAAGUCCAAGUCAGACCACUUUAAUGACAACCUAUCAAAACGUCAUGAAAUGAACCAGUCAGUCAAAGAGAGCGUGGAUGUCAUCCGACAAACUGUACAAACCCAGAGACAUAAACUGAAAGCAGAAAUUGAUUCCAUCGCCGACGCCGUCUUGGUCGAGUUGUCGGCCUUGGUGGAGGAAGAAGAAAAAUCCUAUCAACAGGACUGCAAAUCUAACGAGCAAACUAUCAAAGAGAUCAAACAACUUAUCAGAGAUGUAGAGCAAAACACAGAAAAUAUGUCUAGUACAUCCGUGUUUGAGCUGACGGGGAGACUGAGAACCACCAUACCGCUGUAUGAUGUUACUAAAAAGACCGUGUUACCUCGCCCACCUCACUUCAUGCCUGGGAAACUCAACGCAGAUCAGAUGAAGUCAAUGAUUGGAUAUAUCCAUGUCAGCAAAUUGAAGAAUGAAGACUGCGGGUAUGAGAAGAAAGAGGUUGAUAGUAAAAAGGUUCGUAAGAUUUUUACAUUCCGAGUACCUCAGAAGAGACAAAUCAACUCAGUAUGUCCUAUUGACGACACUCAUGCAUGGAUGGCAGUAAUUAGAAUUAAUGAAUUGAUUAAAGUCAACAAGAACGGCAAGGUCACAGAGGCUGUCAAGCUUGACUUUAACCCGUGGUGUCUGACAUUGACCAACACAGAAGAACUACUGAUCACGUGUAAUGGUGGUUCACCGCUGAUACACAAACUAUCCAAGGACAGACAAGUGACUAGAUUUACUGACAUCAGUCCGUUAAAAGGCCAUGGUAUCAAUGUCAGUGACAAUGAUGAGGUGUUCGUUACUACUGAAACUACAACAAUACAGGUACUGAACAUGUCCGGGGAGAGGAUCAGACAAAUUUCGUGUGGAGGUAAUGGGCUGAGUAUCGUAUGUAUGAUAAAAGGAGAUAUAGCUGUCACCACUGGCGCAAAAUGUUUUUAUUGUAAGGAAAUGAUUAUCAUCAACAAAUCUGAUCAGAUCAUACAUAAGUGGAAAGGGGAACUGGACAAUGGUCAGACGUUAGAUGAGACGGUGCAAUUUAAUAUAGCACGAGAUAGAUAUGACAGAGUGUUUGUACCAGACUACAACACUAAUCAGGUAUACGUCCUCUCAGGGAAUGAGAGAAGGGCCAAGUGUCUCCUAGACAAGAGACAUGGAGUAACAUACCCAGCGGCUGUGUGUGUAGACAGGUGGGGGCAUGUUUGGAUCGGCUGUGUUGAUGGUACAGUUCAUGUGAUGGAACUAUAAACAAAUCAGGGGGUAUCACCAGACUGAGUCGAUAUCACAAUGAAUGAAAACAUAGCAUUAUAUUCUAAUGCCGAUACAAAUGUUUUCGUGCUAUAUAUCUGUAACGUGAAUGCCUAAAAAUUACUCGAUUUAAUUCAUAUGUUACGGUACAAACAUGUCAACUAUAUCAUGUGUAGGGAAUCGUUAAAGAGCUCUAAGCUGAAUUUUAACAGGACCUAGUUUGUGUUCCCUAUCGUAAUAUAAUGUCAACAGUUAUGCACACUUGGCUUAACAUAUCACAGUUAAAGUAUAGCUUGAAAACGUCGAUUUAUUGAUGUUCACAUGUUCACAAUAAGCGUUAUAGGUAGAAAACACAUUUUCAUUUUUUUUUAAUCCAAUGAAUCAAUUUCAUUACUGUAGAUAUGAUAAUUUUCCUUUUUAUAAAAUGUUAUUCUGUUGAAUCAAUUAUUUUGGUCAUGUUUAGAUUUUGAGAUAAGUUUUAGUGUCUGUGGAGUGUGUAAACUACAACCAAUAGGUAGAUGAUGAUAAGAGUGAUUGGAGAACCUCUGUUUCACGAUGUAGCAAACAAGUUGAUUUUAAGAGAGAAAACCAGAAAAACCAACACGUGUUUUUUGGAGCACUCUUUAUCUGUAAACAUGUAAACAACAACUUUUUUUUUAUUUCAUACAUCAUUUUCAUUCAUUUGUUCAUUCAUUCAUACAUUUGUUUGUUCAUUCAGUUCGCAACACGAUUUCUCACCUUUGAACGCUUUCCUGACCCGGGUGAGUAAUCGUGUUAGGAGUAGGCAUAUUGCCCGUUGUCAUGAGUACGAACACUGAAAUUAAUUUUGGGGAGUUGUGGUAUAUUUAGACUUGUUUACUACUGCACAAACUUCAAACUUGUUGGAACUACAAUUUUUAGCUCACCCGGUCCGAAAGGCCAUUGUGAGGUUAUGCCAUACCGCAGCGUCCGUCGUCCAUCCGUCUGUCAUGUUUUCCUUCAAAAUGCCACAAGUCCUGAACAACUCAAUUUUGUAUAAACGGGGUCCCCUCUGGGAAAAGAGGGUGGGCCCUCAUAGGGGAAAUAGAGGUGUAAUCUUUCAAUUAUAUUCUACCAUAGGGCUUAUGGAAUUUCAUCUUAAUUUGGUCUGGAUCAUCCUUGCGCAAAGGGGACUCAAUCUUGUUAAAAUGUUGAGUUUGGGCCCCCUGGGUGGGUGGAGAGAGGCAGGCUCCAAUAUGGGAAAUAGAGGUAAAAUCAUUAAAACCUUACUUCUUCCGUAGUGAUAAGGGGGCGGGGUAUCCUUAUUUGGUAUGGAACAUCCUUAGACAAACAGGACUUCAUCUUGAAUAAACGGUGGUUGUGGCCCCUUUGGGUGCAGAGGGGCGUGGCUCAAAGGGAAAUUGAGGUUUUAAUCUUUAAAAUCCUUCUCCUAAUGUACCAUUUGAGGGAUUUUAUACGAAUUUUUGCCUGGAGUAUCCUUAGGCAAAUGGGGUCUUUAUUUGUGAUAGAUGAUGGGUGUGACCCCUUUGAAUGCGUGGUUGUACAGAGGGGCAUAAGUAUCAUAGUAAUAGAAGUGUACUGCAGUUACAUAUAAUUGUAGUAGACCUUUCUCAUUUUGGGCUAGACCUAGAACGAAGCGUGGAGACAGAGACCCAGACAUGCAAAUACAUGGGUCAUUUCAAAAAUAAUUGUAUAUGGAACGUAGCGUAUAGGGUAUGUCAGAGUGUGUAGACGCACAUGUAAGUGACUACAGGUAAGCGAACAGGUAAGGAAUUAUGUAACCGGUAACCACAGUCGUUAUAGUCUUAUUUUGUGGCUCAGUGCGACAGGUACAGUUCUAUGUGACCGUGGUAAUUGAUAUUUCAAUAUCUCCGUUAAGGAUCUCACCCGGCACGUCUGUUGUAUUUUUCUGACGCCGAUUGAGUGAAAAGAAAUUCCCCACACGAUAUUUCCAUAUUACAAAAGAAAUGUUUUAACGCGUAACCGGUGUCUUUUUUAUAACAGUGUUAAGCUGAAGGUGCUUGUUCCACACAUUUUCGUCACUUCAUUCCUUUGCAUUUUUGUAUAGAGGUGGUUGGACAAAAGGCAAUUUAUUAGCAUCCCUGCGCAACAGUAACAUGAUGGCGUACAGAGGUGGUUUUCUGUAUUGACAUAUAAUCUUGUUUAUUCUCCUAAAAAAAUAACAACAGAAGAAAAGUAGAAAUGUAUUCAGUUUUCUGCUAUUUUUGACUUGUAUUUAAAUCGACAGCUUUCAUGGAAUAAUCAUAUAGUCAUUUUAUGCUGUUCUUAAAAGAUUGUUCUGGGGAUCAUUUCAGGGAGUGAAUUUUCGGAUUCCUAUGCUACUGUUAUAGCAUUCACCCAAUCUUUGUUUUCAGUAUAAACCAUCAUUUUAAAAAAAAAUCUGGAAAAAAAACAAAAACAUUAAGGGGAUGUUACUGCAGGUAAGGAGCACUAAAAGAGCGUUCUCUAGUGUUUUGUCGCAAGCGGCGGACAGGAAUCCUGAAUACAGGUGAAAUGAAAAAUUUGGUUUGGUUGUUUAUGUUUAACGGCCCAUCG